AUGUCGUCGGGCAAAGUUAAGGCCGUCCAGCUGUGGGACAAGAGCAAGGAGGACUUGACGAAGCAGCUCGCUGAGCUCAAGACUGAGCUCGGUCAGCUCCGCAUCCAGAAGGUCACUUCUUCGGGCAGCAAACUCAACAAGAUCCACGACCUGCGAAAGUCCAUCGCCCGUGUCCUGACCGUCAUCAACGCCAAGCAACGCUCUCAGCUCCGUCUCUUCUACAAGAACAAGAAGUACGCCCCUCUCGACCUCCGCCCCAAGCAGACCCGCGCCAUCCGCCGCCGCUUGUCACCCGAGGACAAGGCUCGCAUGCUGGAGAAGACGAAGAAGCGCAACACGCACUUCCCCCAACGGAAGUAUGCCAUCAAGGCCUAA